AUGAGUGAACACAACCAGGUAGGCAUAGAUUUAUGUGUUUCUAAAUUGAUUUAUCUUUUUUAGAGUUCGUCGUCAGAUGAGUCUUGGCAGAAACUCGCUCUGCCAUACGAGGAAUUCGAUGUUUUGGUCACGGAUAUUAACUAUGGAGAACUUGUUGAGGUAGGAUUAAUUUUUACUAUUGUAUCUAAUGAAGUUUUUGAAAAAGUUUUGUUUUUCAGAUUGGGCUCACCAAGGGUAUUGAACACCUCAGCUCCGGAACUUUUCCUUCUCCCGCUUUUCCCGUGACGGGGGCGAUUCACGGCAGAAACCUCCGAUACAUGGUUCCUUUAGUUUGCCAACGUGCCGGUAAGCAAAAUUCGAUAAAAAAUUUGAGAAUCUUUUGGUUCCUAAUUCAGGCAAGCCGAAUUCGAAGGCCGUAUUUAUCUGGUUCUUGGUGGAUACCGGAUCGCCCUUCACCUGUCUUAGCGUCAAAUCGCUGGAAAGCCUCUUUGGCCAAGGCAACGUGACUCAUGCUCGCUUCGAUGUGGUCAUUCAGGUUUGUUUUCUCUUUUAUCUGGAGUUUUAUGAUUAAUUUCAAAUGUUCAGGAUCAAACGACUAAGAUCGAAUGUGAAGUCUCUAAAGCCCAUUUCACAGAUGUCAACAUCCUUGGUGCAGAUACAAUGCAACAUUUUAAGCUAUCAAUCAUCGUCGACUGGCAAAAUAAGGAGUUCAAGCUUGCCCAAAUGUAA